CUUGAGUUAGUUGGCAACCAGCAGUACCAGUGUCAGCAUGAGUGUGUCAGCAGUGAGACAAUGGCUACAACACAACAAGCUUCUCACUUGUCUUGGCCAGAAAUGGUCUCCAUCACCUGUGAAAUCAUUCAGAAGGCAGCGUAGUAGUGAGACCCUGAGCUGGAGCUAUGUAUCUAACCCAGGGACAUGGCCCUUACUGGGGAUCCAUCUGGGCCAGAUGGUGGACAGAGCCGAGGACAUGUUUGGUGACAGAGAAGCCAUUGUCUCCAUCCAACAAGGCAAGAGGAGGACUUUCUCUCAAGUGAAACAGGAGAGUCAACAGAUAGCAGCUGGUCUUUUGGCUGUGGGUCUAGAGCCUGGAGACCGUCUGGGUAUCUGGGCACCCAAUACCUACGAGUGGUACCUCACAUUGAUGGCUGCUGCCAAGGCUGGUCUUGUACUGGUUAAUAUCAACCCAGCAUACCGGCCCAAUGAGAUGGAAUAUUGCCUCAACAAGGUUUCUGUCAAGGCUAUUAUCUGCCACGAAAAAUUCAAAACGUCAGAUUAUCAUCAGAUGUUAUGUCAGAUCGCCCCUGAGCUGUUAUCCUCUUCCAAAGAUGACUUGAACCUCUCUAGACUACCUUUCUUGAAGAGGGUGAUCAUGUGCUCUGAGAAGGACGUCAGUGGAGCCUUCAAGUUUGGAGAUCUGUAUGAUGCUGGAGAUACUUCCCAUGUGAAGAUGCUGGGGGACAUUUCUGCCAGAUUGAAAUCUGACGACCCUUUCAAUAUUCAGUUUACGUCAGGAACGACUGGGUUCCCCAAGGCGGCUAUCCUCACCCAUCACAUGCUGGUCAACAAUGCUUAUGGUGUUGGUAAACGAGCACAAUACAACAAGAGUAGAGUACGUAUCUGUUUAUCAGUACCACUAUAUCACUGCUUCGGCUGUGUUGCUGGGGCUCUAACUGGCGCUCUGUAUGGGGCAACCUGUGUCCUUCCCACCGAAGCUUAUAACCCUGAAGCUUGCGUUCAGGCAAUACAAGACGAGAGGGUGUCUUCCUGCUACGGGACGCCAACCAUGUUUGUUGACAUACUAAAUGAACAGCGCAGGAAACCUCGAGAUAUAAGCUCCUUAUCAACAGGAAUCAUGGCUGGUGCUCCCUGUCCCCAGGAACUGGUCAUGGCUGUCAUGAAUGACCUUAAUAUGAAGGACUUCAUGGUGAUGUACGGUAUGACAGAAACAAGUCCCGUCAGCUUCCAGUGUUACCCAACAGACUCGCCUCAAGUGAAAUCUUCCACAAUAGGUUUUCCAAGCGACCAUAUUGAGCCCGACGGAUAUGGGGAGAUCAUUUGGGGGGGUCAAGGACCUAUUAUCCGUGGGGGUGAAAAUAUUUACCCACAAGAAAGAAUUUUUUUCUUGGGGCACCCACGCAUUAUUGAAGCUCAGGUAUUCAGUGUUCCGGAUGCCAGAAUGGGAGAAGAAGUAGCUGCUUGGAUCCGAAAAGCUGAUGAUGCUGAACUGACAGCCACUACUCUGAAGGAAUGGUGUAAAGGAAAGAUCGCACAUUACAAGGUGCCUCGCUACAUCCUCUUUAAGGACGAGUUCCCCAAGACAGUCACUGGUAAGAUCCAGAAGUUCGUCAUGAGAGACGUCACCAUGAAGGAACUCAACCUGAACUAGACGUCACCAUAAAGGAACUCAACCUGAACUAGACGUCACCAUGAAGGAACUCAACCUGAACUAGACGUCACCAUGAAGGAACUCAACUUGAACUAGACGUCACCAUGAAGGAACUCAACUUGAACUAGACGUCACCAUGAAGGAACUCAACUUGAACUAGACGUCACCAUGAAGGAACUCAACUUGAACUAGACGUCUUAUGUUGGGUAAAUGAACACUGAUGCAACUAAUGUGAUAUUAUGGCAACGUUUCGCUCUCCAGGAGCUUCGUCAAGCCAUAACAGGUUGGCAAACGUCUUGGAGAACGAAAAGCUCCCGCUUCACACACGGUGGGCUCGGGUUCGAUUCCCGGCGGGUGGAAACAUUUCGACACGUUUCCUUACACCUGUUGUCCUGUUCACCUAGCAGCAAAUAGGUACCUGGGUGUUAGUCGACUGGUGUGGGUCGCAUCCUGGGGGACAAGAUUAAGGACCCCAAUGGAAAUAAGUUAGACAGUCCUCGAUGACGCACUGACUUUCUUGGGUUAUCCUGGGUGGCUAACCCUCCGGGGUUAAAAAUCCGAACGAAAUCUUAUCUUAUCUUCUACGUCAUUACUUGAUAUUUUAUCUGGGAUAAAAUCAAUUUUAUUCCUUAAAUAAAAUAAGAGUAGUUGUGUAAGAUGCACUAGUCCCCCCUCAAGGGGAGGGGCUCUUCAUCCAAGGAACUGGAUUCACCCAGCUUUGGGUCGAAUUUAAUCGUCUCUUAUUCCCCGGUUGUUAUAUUACCCCUGCGAGUUUAGUGUUUCCUUUGAAUACACUAAAUAUGCUUUACUAAGCAAUAAUCUCAAACAAGGGAUGCAAGGUGCAAAACAACCACAGGGGGAGUUGAAUGAUAGCUCUAGGCCUUUCGUGUUGAAAUUAACGCAUCAUCAGGAGCCCUAACUGGAGCCCUGAAGGAAUUAUCUGGACUUCCUACUCAUUUCUGCAACAUUGCAAGCUCCUGAAGAUGUGUUGAUUUCAGCAUGAAAGGCCUAGAGCUAUCAUUCAACUCCCCCUGUGGUUGUUUUGCAUGCUUAAGAAAAUUACUAACUGCUAAGGUCCUGGUGAGCGAAACAUUCUCCUGAAGAAGGUCCUGGUGAGCGAAACAUUCUCCUGAAGAAGGUCCUGGUGAGCGAAACAUUCUCCUGAAGAAGGUCCUGGUGAGCGAAACAUUCUCCUGAAGAAGGUCCUGGUGAGCGAACAUUCUCCUGAAGAAGGUCCUGGUGAGCGAAACAUUCUCCUGAAGAAGGUCCUGGUGAGCGAAACAUUCUCCUGAAGAAGGUCCUGGUGAGCGAAACAUUCUCCUGAAGAAGGUCCUGGUGAGCGAAACAUUCUCCUGAAGAAGGUCCUGGUGAGCGAAACAUUCUCCUGAAGAAGGUCCUGGUGAGCGAAACAUUCUCCUGAAGAUCCUGGUGAGCGAAACAUUCUCCUGAAGAAGGUCCUGGUGAGCGAAACGUUCUCCUGAAGAAGCUCCUAGUGAGCGAAACGUGCCCUCAAUAAAUGUAUUGACAGUGUCAUACAUGCCUUUUCACAUAACCACAAUCUCCAGAUAAAUGAUUCAAGAGAACCGACAAGUUGAUACAUUAGACACAUGUGCUACACUUGGGUAUCUUCAUUGUGACAACGUUUCGCCCACACAGUGGCUUCAUCAGUCCUAUCCAAAGAAGAAUACUGACGAUCAGAAGCAGAUUGAGGUAAACAGUCCCAUAACCACAAACUAAUAAGUACAUGGCAGCCACUGAGAUUUAUCAAAGAUUAUUUUGACGAUCUUAAAGAAAUACUGAUGGUACAAAUCUGCUGUUUUUUUAAAUAAUAUAAAUCGUGUAGUGACGUUUUGACAUUUGAUGAUUUAUAUGUUUAUAGUUUGUAUGAGAAUCAAAAUACGAAAUUGUAAUUGAGAAAAUAUAUUGUUUGUACAAUACAAAUGUGUUUUUUUGGCUGGUGUUUAUUUAUAUCGUAAAUAAAUUAGAUAAAUAAG